UUUCGAAUCUGCCAUUGAUAAAGAUAUCUAUCUUAUAACAUUCAAAGAAUCUUAACAUUUUCUUCCAGUUUUUUUUCCUCUCUUUUUCAAAAUAAAAAAAUAAAAAAUAUUUAUAUCUUCCUCUGUUUUUAACUUCAUCUUCAUCUUCAUCUUCUUAUCUUCCUCUGCAGCUGAGAAAAAUGGGGAAGGCAACUAGAUGGUUCAAGAACUUAUUUGGGAUUAAGAGAGACAAAGAAACCAAAAGAGAAAUUUCCAACGCCGGCAACAAGGAGAAAAAACCCACCACCGGCGACGCCGAACUCUGCAACAAUCCGGCGACAAUACCGCCGAAUUUAUCAGCGGCGGAGGCCGCUUGGCUGAAAUCGUUCUACUCGGAAACAGAGAAGGAACAGAGCAAACACGCAAUAGCAGUAGCUGCAGCCCCCCAAACUUUUUUGCCCGCUGCAGCCGACGCCGCGGUUGCUGCAGCACAAGCCGCCGUGGCAGUAGUCCGGUUAACCAGCCACGGGAGAGGCACCAUGUUCGGCGGCGGACGGGAAAGAUGGGCCUCUGUUAAGAUUCAAACUUGCUUCAGAGGAUAUCUGGCGAGGAAAGCACUGAGAGCUUUGAAAGGAUUGGUGAAAUUACAAGCGCUUGUGAGAGGAUAUUUAGUUCGUAAACAAGCAACAGCAACUCUUCAUAGUAUGCAAGCUUUAAUCAGAGCUCAAGCUACCGUUCGAUCUCAGAGAACUCGUAGAUUCAUAAACGACGAAACAAGACUUGAAAUCCGAGCCAGAAAAUCAAUGGAGAGAUUUGAUGACACAAAAAGCGAACAUACAGCUUCAGUACACAGCAGAAGACUCUCUGCUUCAUUAGAUAACACAACAUUCACAGCAAUGGAAGAAAGCCCCAAAAUCGUGGAAAUCGACACCGGCCGACCCAAAUCCUGGUCACGCCGGACGAACACGUCAGCAUCGGAAUUAAGCGACGACCCAUUUCACCAAACUCUCUCAUCUCCACUCCCUUGCCGGACUCCGUCGCGUUUGCAGAUCCCAGAUUGCCGAAAUUUCCAUGACUCUGAUUGGUGCGGCGGCGACGACUGGCGUUUGAUCUCGACGGCGCAGAGCACUCCACGAUUUGUGAGCUCUGGCGGUGGAUCGAACGGUCCUCCGACGCCGGCGAAGAGUAUGUGCGGCGAGAAUUUCUUCAGAGGGUAUUUGAAUUUUCCGAAUUACAUGGCGAAUACACAAUCAUUUAAGGCGAAAUUGAGGUCUCAGAGUGCACCGAAACAGAGGCCGGAGCUGGGAUCGAAGAAAAGGGUUUCGCUGAAUGAAUUGAUGGAAUCGAGAAGCAGUCUUAGUGGGGUUAAAAUGCAGAGAUCUUGUUCUCAAGUUCAAGAAGCCAUUAAUUUCAAGAACGCAGUGAUGAGCAAACUGGAUAGGCCAUCGGAAUUCAACAAUUUGCAGAGAAGAUUAUGAACAAUUUUUAUUCUUGAACUUCUCUCUCAUUAAUUCCCUUCCCAGUUUCGUUAGAAUUUGUAAUUUACAUCAUUGAAUCAAACUGUAAUGCAAGUGGUUUAGAUUAGAUUUUUAAUGGAUCUUGUUUCUUCCAGUUC